AUGGAUAACUUUGCAUGGAAUCCAGAGCAGCUCGGCUUGAGCGAUCAUCGGCUCUUGCUUCUCUCUCGGGAGAGUUUCAUGGAGUCGCCUUGCAAGGCGUUGCGUGCUGCACUCCUUCUGGCUUACCUCAAGGAUGACGGCACUCGCGUGGACGACGACGACGAGAAGUUUCUCUUCACUUUUAUACGAUCGUGGAUAGAGAGGAUCCAUGUUGUUGUCGUGCGGAACUUGAACGUCGAGGUCAUCGAGGCCGAAGCUGUCCUGGAAGAUGAUCGGCCGGGAGACGAUGCGGCUUGUAAUUUUUGCAGUGAUGACUAUCACAAGAGAGCUCUGGAGCUGUGGGUUUAUUGCGCUGUUCUUGUUCCUCUCCAUUCAAGUGUGAUAUUGUGCGCACAAGGAGCUCUUCUUCCCAGCUCGAUCCGUGUGCAAGGAUUUGCUCAAGCCGUUCUUGAUGAGAGACACGUCAAAGCCGAGGCCGGAGGCCAUCACCAAGUUAAAGGUGUUGAGACCAGUCACCUUUUGCCAACCAUGAGCACUGAGCAGGCGGGGCUGAAAGAGACGGAGGUGAUGCGGAAGUUGCAAGAGAGAAACCAGCAGUUAUUCCAAGUCGACCUGGGCUCAAGGACGGGAGUGACGAUGAGGCAGCGAUGGAAGGAUGAAAAUCCUCGUGGCUCUGGCAACAAGAAGUUGACGCCUUGCGGUGCACAUGCUUGCGAACAUGCUCAGGCCGGAAAUCUCGAUAUAGCUGGUUGUGUCUUUAAACAAAAGCCGCCUGGGCCGCCUGGCCACCUCACUCGGCUCCGCAUUUGA